AGCGGCGGCGGCAGGGGGCUUUGGCCAGCGGGGGGCUCCCCGGGCGCGGGCGCGGGCGCGCCCCGCGGGGGGCAGGCCGAGGCCAAUGGUGCCAUGGGGGGGCGCGCCGGUGCAGAAGCCAUGGUUGAAGCAGAACCAGCGCCCGCAGUACUCGCCGCCGCAGUGGCGCGGUGGGCCCCCAGCGCCGUACGGCGGGAAAGGCGGCUUCGGCGGGAAGGGCGGCCUGGCGUACGGCGGCGCCAUGUACGGUGGCGACGGCUACGGCUUCGCCCCGCCGCAGCAGCGGCGCGCGAGGGCGCCCCCGCCGCGCAUGCCCGAGCACUUGCAGAUCAACGCCACCAUGCGAUACACCGGCGUGGUGGCUUUCUACCACAAGUGGAAGGGCUACGGCUUCAUCGAGGUGUCUCAGAAGGGCGUGGUGCCCAAGGACCAGAUAUUCUGCCACUGGCGCCAGAUCAACAGUGACGAUCGCUUUCCCUUCCUGGUCAAGGGGCUCGAGGUCGAGUUCAACAUCACGCCGUGGAUGGAGAGAGGCAUCAAGACUGUGCGCGCGAAAGACGUGACCAUGCCUGGCGGCAUGAACAUUGGCCUGCAGGACGACCUGGACGCGCAGGAGAAGAGCUUCAUCGGCGGCCAGCACCUGCGAUACACUGGCACGCUGAAGUUUUUCUCGCCCAAGCUGGGCUUCGGCUUCGUCGUCAUGGAUCAGGGGUACGACGUCGACCCGAGCGUCCCCAUGGAGAUGAGGGUUGAGACGGCCGAGGUCAACGCAGGAGGCCGACAGCCUGUGCACAUGGAUAACAUACCAGUGGAGUUCGGGAUCUGGAGGACUCAGCGAGGCCUCUACAAGGUGUAUAACAUGACGCUCCCGGGCGGGCAUCCCCUGACGCAGGACGCUCUCGAGAACCGAAUCUCAAUGGGUACCACGCUCUUCCGCGGUAGCGUCGGCAUCUGGAAUUGGAGGCAGGGAUGGGGUUUCAUCCGCGCCGACCCCGCGGUGGAUUUGCCGCCGCGCGUGCUGGCGAAGCUGGCACAGCAGGUUGCCGCCGCCAGAGCGAGAGGCAGAGUCAUCACCGAGGAGAAGAUGCUGUACUUCCGCAAGCCUGACUGCUGGCCAGGAGUAUAUAUAAGACAGGGGUCCGAGGUCGAGUUCCAGCUCUACGUCGACGACAAGGGCGCGGGCGCCUGCGAGGUGCACGAGGCCCAGCCGGUGUUCCCGACGGCGGGCGCGAACUUCGCCGCGGGGGUCCCUGCCGCGGCGGGCUGAGCUUCCUCUCGCUUCCUCCUCCUUCUCGAGGACCAAGGAAUGGCAUGAACAUAAGCUUUCGGAGGUCCGCGCGGAUCUCUUGGGUCAGCCUGUCGGCGCCAGUGUCGCCGCGUCGGGAGGUCCAGCGCCGACCCAAGAAGUCCGCCCGUCU